AUGGAUAAUGUUAAUAACAUAGGAUUUUCACAUGAAAAGAAAUCAAAGUGGAAGUCUAAGUCCCAUGCGUGUCAUUAUUGCUCAACUCCAUAUCACAUUAAACCCUACUGUGUUAAAUGUCUCAGUGAUGUUGAUGAUCUAUCUGCCAAACAGACGUUUGAUAGUUUCCAGAGGAAUGUUAGUAACAUUAGCAGGUUUGAUUUUGGAGAAAUGUCCAACACUGAAAAAGAUGACGAACCUUGCAAUGUUAUAUACAUAUUUUUACAUACUAACAUCUCUGAUUGUUGGUAUUUUGAUAGUGGUUGUUCAAGAUACAUGACAGGUUCUAAAGCGUUGCUCACUGACUAUGUCUCAACAAAUGGAGGAAAUAUUACUUUUAGAGCAGGCAUGUUGGUGAAGUUUGACAAGAACAUCUGUGAAGUGUUUGACAACAUCAAUCAAUGUGUGAUGAUGUGUAGGACAUCCUCUAACAUUUGUUACAAAUCUGAGAAUGGUAACAUUUGCAAUGUUGUCAAGCUAAGUAAUGUUGAGCUGCAACAUCAAAGACUCAAUCAUGUUAAUCUCAAAAAUUUUAAGAAACUCAUUGCAAAUGAUGUUGUUCGUGGACUCCCAAAGUUUGUGAUCAAGCGAGAUGUUGCAUGCCAACCAUGUCAAAAGGGGCAACAACUACGGACUGCAUAUCCAAUGUUGUCAACAUGCAACACCACCAGAUGCUUGGAACUGUUACAUAGGAACUUGAUGAGUCAUGUUGAGGUAGAAAGUCUUGGAGGUGAAAGGUAUGUUCUUGUGUGUGAUGAUGAUUACUCAAAAUAUACUUUGGUUGCAUUCAUGAAAGCAAAAUCUGAAACUUUUUAUCGGUUUGAGAAACUGUAUAAAAUGUUUGUUACCCAAUAUGAACUGAAUGUUGGCAGAAUCAGUCUUGAUCAUGGAAAAGAGUUUGAGAACUUAUUUUUAGAUGACGUCUGCACUAACCAUUGUUCUUUUUAUGAGUACUCGGCUCUCAAAACCUUUCACCAGACUAGUGUUUCAGUAAGGAAGCAUAUGAUACUUCAAGAGAUGGUGAAAGCAAUGUUGCAUGCAAAGAGUUUGUCCAAAUGCUCGUGGUCUGAAGCAGUCAAGACUGCAUAUCACACUAUCAAUCGAGGUUACUUGAGACCAGAUGAUGAAGAUAGGUCAGUGUUACUGGAAGAACAGAAGGAAUCUGAGCAAACAUCUGAACAACAGAGAAAUGUGAAUGUUGACCCAACAUCGGAUGUAUCAUCCAGUGACUCAACAUCUGAACCUGAGUUAGUUGAAAACACAUCAGAUCCCGAUGAUGAACAUGGAAGACAUCUUCUUCAUGACUCCAGCAGGCGCAACCCUCUAGGACAUGUUAGAAAGAAUCACAUGAGCACUCAGCUUAUUGGUGAUGUGUUGGAACAAAUGCAAACUCGAAAGAGAAAAGAGAUCAACCACAACGAUAUGGUAAGGAUCGCAUGCAUGUGUUCUGCGUGUGAAACUGUUGAGGUUGAAUGUUACUUGUCCAUUGUUGAACCUAGGAAUGUUACCGAAGCACUAAACGAUGUUAAUUGGGUGAAUGUCAUGCUUGAUGUGCUAAAUCAGUUUGUUAGGAAUGAUGUGUGGGAUCUUGUCCCUAGACCACAUAACAAGAAUGUUAUUGGCACAAAAUGGAUCUUCAAAAAUAAAACUGAUGUGGCAGGUAACAUUGUGAGAAACAAGGCUAGGUUAAUUGCUCAUAGUUACACACAAGUUGAAGGCAUUGAUUUUGAUGAGACUUUUGCUCAUGUUGCUAGAAUUGAGUCGAUUAGAUUGUUAUUUGCUAUAACAUGUCAGGUUGGGAUUUCUCUGUUACAGAUGGAUAUUAAAAGUGCUUUUCUAAAUGGUGUGUUGACUGAAGAGGCCUAUGUUGAACAGCCCAAAGGGUUUUAG